UCAAAAAUCAAAACAUUCCGUUUGUUGUUCAAAAUUUGUUUUCUCCGCGGCUCCCGCAGUUGCUUUCUGUUUUCCAUUAUUAAGUACUUAUAACAAAUGAAAUUGAGUGAUUAGCUGGUUGUUUAGUGUUAACUUACUGUUAAAAAAUGUCCCAAGCCUACGAGGAACGCGAAGGCUACAUCCAGCUGCUGAUUCCGGAGCUGAUCCAGCAGCUGACUGGUUUCGAUGAAACGGAAGAAAACUUCACACUGUGCCACCAGUUUGCGGUGGCCACGAUCCGGAACCACCGCUUUCUGUCGGUCAACAGCCACGAGAUUCGGCGGCGGGCGGACGGAUUGAUGCAAAACUUGCGCAUUUCAAAUCUGGAACGGGUAGCGGACCAGUUCCGCGGGUUGUUCGAGGCGUUUGUGGUGGAACCGGCCUGCGCGGAUCAUUACGUGCACGACAUUCAGUGGUCGGUGCUGCUGUUUCUGAUGACGGUGGCGCACAAUCCGGUGGGGGCGCUGAAGGAACGGGUACGGCGCGGGUCGCCGGUUGCGAUGUUGGAAGCGGGGUCGGGGUCGGAGGUUGAUGCCGUUGAGGACGAUGAGCGGAGGGAGUUGGUGGAGGAGCUGAGGGAGGAUGAUAUUGAGGUUGGGAGAGGGAGGGAGGUGGAGGAUGAUUCGGAGCUGAGUGAGUGGACGGAUUCGGAGGGUGAAGAGGAGGGAGAGGGAGAGCAGGUGGUUCCUGAAGUGGUGGAGGAGUCGAAGGUUGAAGCGAAGGAGGUGGUUAUUUAUACGAGAGUUGAGUCGCCGAAGCGAGAUUUGGGAUAUGAGAGCUUUGAUGCUUCGGGAUCGGAGAAUUGGCUCAAGGAAAACGUCCAGUCGAACUGGUGGCAGAAUCCGAAGGCCAAAGCUGAGGUCAACAGCUCGCAUGAGGGCGCCUCAUUCUGCGACUAUUGGAGUCAAACGAUUUUGAAGGCUUCCCACAGCUUCAUCAAACCGGAUCCAGUUUCUACAGUGUCAGAGUAUUGUUUAAUUCGAGAGAUUCUGUGGAUGUUUACAAAUCCAGCGAAUUGCAAGUUCUUCCGAAUCGACGACGAUCAGGUUUGGAUCAACUCGAACGUGUCCCUCUCGAGUACAACCGAGCGUGGCCUGCACACCUUCCUGCUCAACUUCACCGAACAUAUGACGAUCGUGUAUCGCUUGCGAAACUUUUGCCAGAAGGUCGCCAACACCUCGAGCAAACCCAUCCCCGCCCCGUACAGCUUCGAAUGCUACGCGUCCGGCGUGCGCGACUUCCUCAAAAACCUCGAAACCACCGUCGUCGAUCUGGAAAAACAAGCCAUCGCGCAACAACCCGACCGCAUCUUCACCAUCAUAACCCUGUUCCACGACCUGGAGCCCCAAUUCCAACUCCUGAAAAACCUCAACGACAUCCACCGCUACUCCGUCCUCGACUGGACCAAAUUCCCGGCCCACAUCGCCGUGGCCCACCUCCUGUCCGGCCUCUUCCGCAGCGUUAAACUCAGCGGCAACCUGGCCAAGUCCAACCUCGCCUUCUCCCUCCUCCUUUCAACCCUGAAAGGCUACAUGAACAUCAUCGACAUGUGGUGGACCGAAGGUCGCCUGGACGACUGGCGCGAAGAGUUCCUCGUGGAAAAGACGUACUCCGAGGCGGACGGAACAAGCGUCACCGGCUAUCGCGCCCGACUCUUCUCCAAGUGUAAGAAGCGCUCGUUUUACGUGAGUGCCGCAAUUUCCGAGGUGAUCGAAACGGACGCCAUCAUUCAGCUGUUGAUGCACCACUCGCUGGAGGCCGGCUACACGCUGAACAUCUUGAGCUGUUUGGACCGGAUUAGUGAUUUGAGGAGCGGAUGCGCGUGGGAGGAGGGAAUGCUGUACGUGGGCUUUCUGGAGGCGAUCGUGGACGUGCUCGACGGGUUCCGGACGGUGGAGGAGAAAAGUGAAGCGGUGGCGGCGUUGGAGGGUGCGGAGGAGUCGAGACUGCAGGUGGAGAAGUUUGCGAAGGAAACCGUCAGCGCGUCCAAGCUGCAGAACCUGCGUAACCAGAUUCGCGAGAUUUGCGACGACGAGCUGCUCAUGAUGGCGCUGGACAGUUCGCUGCAGCUGGCCUGCACCGACGACGACGAAGAUGACGGAGAAGAGUGUAAACUUCCGUCCGCGCCCUCGCCCAGCUGCCUCACGAAUGCCCACUCGCUGUACACGCGCCUGAAUUCGAUUUCCGGCCAGCUGAUGCUUCCGCUGGAACAUGUCCUGUUUGGGGCGAUCAAGAAUCUGAUGGAGACGAAGCGGCAGGCCGCGAACCACUUUGUGACGACGAUCUACAAGGAGGAGUUUCUGGUGCUGCAUCAUUUGAAGAACGUCCGGAAGGUGCUGCUGUUGGAGGCGAGCGAUUUGAUGUAUUAUUUCUAUAAUGAUCUGUUCAGGAGGAUCGAGGCGGGGGAGAGCUGGGCGAAUCCUUACUUGCUGACGAUUCAGUUGAACGAUAUUUUGGCCUCGCGGUUUAAUGAUAUGACGUCGCUGUUUACGAUCGAGAUUGUUCCGGAGCACAAGGCGGAGCCGACGACGGUGCUGGACGCGAUCGAUAAGCUGAGGAUUUUGUACGAUCCGGGAAAUGAUUUGAGCAACAUGAUCAACGAAGAAGCGAUGGCCAGUUACAACUGUUUGUUCCGGUUUCUGUUGAAGGUCAAGUGGGCACUUUGUACGUUGGAGUCGCUCCGUUUCCCGGAGUGUUACAAACGCCGACCGCCGUACGAGGAACCGUGCGUGCUCGACCUGAACCUGAAGCGUCUUUCGAUGCUCAAGUUCUGGAUGAUCUUCUCCGUGCAGUGCAUCCAUUCGCACCUGAUGACGCACGUGCUGCAGUCGCUCGGGAUGCAACUGGACGAACGGCUCGAAGCGGCCGACAAUCUGAACGAAAUGAUCGCCGUCCAUCGAUCGUACAUUGGGACCAUCUACGAUCAUUCGUUCCAGACGGACGACAGCAAACCCUUCCGCGAGGGCGUCAUCCGGCUGCUCAACCUGGUCCACAUCGUGCGGGACGAGUGGAACAGCAACGUGCUGUACGUGGAGAUGGACGCCCGCGGGGACAUCGAGGACAACAGCAUGAUCGGAGACUUUAUCGCGAACGCCCAGGUCGGAAUGCUGGAGACGACGUACUGCAAGUGCCACCAGCAGCUGGCGGAGUUGCUGAAUCGGGAGGUUUAUGCGAAGCGGAAGAUGCAUCUGGCCGCCCUGGCAGACGCCUUCAGCUACAACGUUCCUUACUAAAAAUGUCGUAACCGUAAGUAAAACACGUUUAUUGGAGUCAUCUUCCAGUUUAUUUAGUCACCCUCGUCUCGUUAAAAUAAAUACAAUGUUAAUCCUCAAA